UUUUGUUUUUUAAAAAGCGACGAAUCGAAACAAAAAGAAAAAGAAAGUUCUUAUUUAAAAAUGCCACAUUAGAGUACUGGAGACACAACAGCUCACUAAUAAUUUCUUUAUCUUUCGCUUUCUCUUCUCUCUCUGUGUUUCUCCCUGUCUGUGAGUCUGUGACCAUGCAAAGACAGUCACUGGGCGGCUCGCCGUCGAAGCUCCACCAGGCCCACGGCGGACCCAAGGACCAGACUCUCACCGUCGAUGACUCCCCCAACCGCAUUAAGGAUCUUUUAGCCUUUUCCACCACCGCCUCCUCCUCCUCCUCCUCUUCAAUCUCUGCAGCCUAUGAAGACGACGAGGACCAUAAAGCAUCGAAGCCUCACCGUCUGUCAUCACCGCCGUCCAUUGCACCGCACAAAUCCAUCCACGUCAUCCCCGUCCUCACCCUCCUCUGCUUCCUCAUCCUCUUCCUCUUCUCCCACGUUCCCUCCCAAUCAGAUUUGGCUCAGUUCAAUGGCUUCACUAAACUGCCUGGAUCGGCGAAGCGCGUUGUUUCUGCCGACAGCGAAAUCGACGGCAUCGGGCGAUUUAUUGACAUCCGGAAGAGCGAUGUUUUGGCGAUCCGCAGCCUGAGGAAUUUGCAGGACACUCAAACCCAAAACCUCGUCCCCAGAUCUCGCUCUCACCGAAAAAUCGCCGAUUUUUAAUCCGCAUUCCCUGGUACUCUUCUCUGCUGUAAUCCCCACGCCACUACUGUGCUCUACUAGCUAGCUCUUCGUCGUGGUUACCUCGGAUGAACUCGCACGCGCGUCACCGUCAGCAUCUGUUCGCACGUGCGUCUUGCAGAACAGAGGCUUUCUUUUUCUUUUCUUUUUCUUUUUUUUUAUUUGUUUUUUAAUUAUUUUGGUGUAAAAAUAUUACAUAAGCCCUUGAGUCGCUUAAUUAAUUUAUAGAAAAAUUUCGAAUAGAGGAAUAA